AUGCUCAGCUCGAUCCGUCAGCGGGAGCGACUGGACGCAGGCGACGGGGCGAAUUCGCGAAACGGGUUCCGCCACCGGCGGUUCGACGAGUACCGCACCGCGGGCUUGGGCCGGCCGGCGCCGCAUGCUGGUGCGGCGCGGGGCGAUUGGGAUUCGAUGCGAGACACGCCGAUCGGUGCGCCGGCCGCCAUGACCGCCGGCUUUGAACGCACGGUGCGCACUUGGGUCGUUUCGGCCAGUUCGCGCUGGAGCUGCAUGGGGCCGCCGCUGCACGGCGAGCAGGUGGCGGGUCACCGCCGGCUGCCCGGGCCGGGCCCUGGAGGGGACUGCCACCUCGACCCGUGGGGCGUGUUUGAGCUCUCGAUGGCAGAGGCGCACCGCGUGGCGCGAUGGGGGCCGGGCCGACCCUCGGUCAGCGGCGCCGCGGUCUGCCUCGAGCGGUGCUUGCGCUGCGCCAACUGUCGCUUCGUCGCUGUCUGGGCCGACGGCAGGGGUGCCACCGCGCCCGUGGGGAGCGCCAACGACGGACACAGCUCAUGCUUUUGGUUCGGCGCCUCAGUGUGCGAGCGUGCCAAUGCAUCCAACGCCCUCGAUCGCGGAGCCGGUGCCGUCCUUGGCGCGCCGCUACCAACCGGCGGUUCGCUUGCACCCGCGCCGCCCGACGCCAGCAGCGGGAAGGCGGCCGUGCCGCCCGAGCCCUCUCGCAGCCCGCAAAAAGGCAUCGACUGCAGCGGCGCAUCCAAACCCAAGCUGUGCGAGUGGCGUCGGCGUUGGCGCAGAGGCGGCGCACCACCGUUUGCCGCUCCUUCCGCUUGCGGGUGGCACGCCGGCUCGCCGCGGCUCAUCGUCGUGACUGCUACCUACCCGCACUCGGCGCAGGCCGCCAAGCUGUCUCUAUGCGCGUCCGUCCUCGCCGGGGAGGCGGAGGCCCUCUGGAUCGUCGUGGAGGACGCGGCAAACGCAUCGGCCGCGGCUUCCGCCGUCCUCGCCUCGAGCGGCCUAGCCUACUUCCACCUCGCCGUCGGCCCAUCGCGGGCGGGAGGCAACUUGCAGCGCGCCGCCGCUCUCGAGCUGAUCCGCGAGAAGCGGCUGCACGGGGUCGUCUACCAGAUGGACGAUGAUAACCAGUACGACCGGAGGCUAUGGCCCGCGCUGCGCUCGCUCUCCGCUGGCCGGGUCGGCGUCCUCGCCGUGCAGAUUUCCGAGGGCCGCAUCAAUCCGGCGGUGCUCGAGGGGCCGAUCUACGACCUGGACGGCCGCCUCCAUGAGCUGCGAGCGUCGUGGUGCGGCAGCAGCUGGACGGCCCUGCAACUCGGCGGCCGUUACUUUUGCAUCGACAUGGGCGGUUUCGCGUUCGACGCGGCGCUGAUUCACGCUCGAGCGGGCCCGCUCUGGCCGUACCGAGGCCGGCCGCACCGCCCGGGCUAUGCGACGGGGUGGACAAACCGAGGAGGGGAGACGGAGUUUAUCGAGGCGCUGCUGCCCGACGGCUUCCCCGAGGACCUGCAGCCACUCGGCCGGUGCGGAGCCGAAAUGCUCGUCUUUCACAACGGCCUGCACGUGACCCCCAAGAAGCUGGUCCUCAAGUCCUGGUGGCGGCGCCCAGGGAGGGAGGGCGUUUGUGGAGAUAGUGGUUGGGGCUAA